GCGGGUUGGGAAGGGAGGACUGCUAUGGGAAGGAUGGGGUCACUCCUCCAAUCCAACUGAUCCAGUUUAAAUUUGGAUCCUUACCUAGGUGAAAUAGUAUCUUUGCAUGGACCAACUUACCCUAUCUUGAGUGUAUAGUAUUUCAAGUACUAUAUUUUUGGUCAGGUUCCAACAAUAAGGACUCACAUUUGCUUGUGAAACCCAGACAUUUUUCGCCUUUGAAAUACCUCAGCACAGCUUUUAUUUUUCUAUGUAUCUUUCUUUUUUUAUGCGUCUCCAUAUGUCUGAUGUAUUUAGAUAAUCAAUGCUAGGGUCUCUGUAUUGCAAGGAACACUAUACAGCUGACCUUAGCUUCAUAUUUAGCUGAACUACAUUGCCAGGGCUCUAAUCCUGUUCACAUUAUUUCUAAAUAAGCUCAUUGAACUUCUGUGCUAUACAGUAAAUAGGUGAAUGGAUUUAUAACUCUGAACUGAAAUGCUUUGUUAACCUCAGUAUUUCUAAAGACAUUCUGCUUUAAAUAACAGGCACUACAGUUCAAUGAAGCUGUCCACAACCUUAACAGAGGAUAGCCUAUACAUGACAGGAGGAGUGCAGAGGUUAAGAUAGCUUCUGUCUUCCUCCUACCAUGCAAAACUCUCACAACCACUCCACCCCUGGAAGCUCCAUUUGGAUUCUUAAAAUACCCUGCUGAAUGGAAAUCAUGAAUAGAAGAACCCAAAGAAAACGUAUCUAUUCUUGGUUGGGAAAAGCUAUCCGUAUAGACAAGCAAUUGCAGAUCUCACAUUAUAGGGGACUGGAUAUUAAAGAUGGAAAACAUGACACUGAGGUCCACAUUUUCCCUGGAGAGUUUAUUUUAGUUGAAGGUGAGAAUGUGGAUCAGGUCUCUGUAGCCAGACUUGAAAAACUAUACGAAAAUGGUACUCAGGAAAAACAUGCAGUUGUGGAAUGGUUUUCUCACAUUGCUGAAAUACCUCUCAGUCAACAAAUGUCUUUGGGACAAGAAGAUUCUCGGGAGAUAUUUUUGAAUGAAAAAGCUGACUGGAAUACUGAUAUAUGUGUUACAUCUAUUAUUAGUAAGAUAAUGGUUGUCCCAUUGACCCCAUAUGAAGCUUUGCCAUCUGUGCCAAAGGGUGAAGAAAUUUUCUUUAUACGCAAAUCUUGGGAUGGAAAAAAGCUUAAACCACUGCCACCUAGCUUAUUGGCAGAGUUGAAAGAUUCCGUUAAGAUGAAGACUAAAGACUUGAGCCUUACAACUGAGUAUCACUUGGCUUCCUCGCAUGCUAUUCACUCUCCCAAAGUAGAAACUAAGAAGGUCGCUCAGAGUACCAAAAACAGCAAGAAUGGCAUAACAGAAAUAGAAUCCAGACACUCAGCCUCCAGGUCUUCCCUUUCUAAGCAAAGACAUUCCCAAAGAGUUGGCAAUGGCAGUGGCACCCCAGGAGCAAAGAAAAAACUACAGCUUAACAGUAUGUUGAACAGCCCUAGAAAAUCUCCCAGAGGCACGUUUGCUAAGCAAGACAAGGCUGACCUUUUAGACAAUGAUUUCACCGAGCCUGUAGAACGAUCAGUCCUGAAACGGAAAGUGACAUUCAAUGGCAUCAAAGGUUCUCCUCCAAAAAUAUCGUGUGAUAGUGAUGAAGAAGAUCUGUUUCUAGACAUCAGACCACUGGAAGACCAUUCUGAAGGAAAAAACAGACAUCUAUCACCGUUCCGGAGGAUACAAGGCUUCACUGGGACUUCUGCUAUGAAAUACAGCACCACAGACUUAGAUGAAGGACAUGAAUCGGAAACCAAGAGCCCAGCACUGACUCCACGUUUACGCAGGAAAUGUGCAGAGGUGACUGCUACUCGCAUUGCAAAACAGCUUUGUGUAUUAAAUGAAGCUGGAGAGAAGGACAAGGAAGAGAAUUACUUUCCUUUCCUAGAAGGUUCUGAUUGCAGUAGCAGUGAUGAAGAAGACACUGAGGUGCUUUGUACACCUAAGAAGCAAGUGAGGUCCACUCCAAAACUGUCAAGAAAACCAUCUGAUAGGAAACCUGCCAAGAAUCCAAGCAAAACUACUGAGCCAAGAAUUCCCCAGACUCCACGUAAUGCUACCCCAAGAAUUCGCAGACGAACUCAAAUUGCAGAGAACCCAGCUAAUGCACUUGAAGAGGCUAGAAUUAGGUUACACGUGUCUGCUGUCCCACAGUCCUUGCCCUGUCGUGAAAAGGAAUUCCAGGAUAUCUAUAGCUUUAUAGAAAGCAAACUCAUUGAUGGAAAUGGUGGGUGUAUGUACAUUUCUGGAGUUCCUGGAACAGGCAAAACAGCAACAGUCCAUGAGGCCAUUCGUUCUCUCCAGCAGGCAGCAGAAAAAGAUGAGUUACCAUCUUUCCAGUUUAUAGAGAUUAAUGGCAUGAAGUUGACUGAUCCCCACCAAGCAUAUGUACAGAUCUUAAAGCUGAUGACAGGCCAAAAGGCAACUGCUAUCCAUGCAGCUGCUCUCCUGGAAAAGAUGUUCUGCGGGCCAGGAUCAAAAAGGAAAACAGUAAUACUUGUAGUAGAUGAGCUUGAUCUCUUGUGGACCCGAAAACAAAAUGUGAUGUACAAUCUCUUUGACUGGCCAACCCAGAAAAAUUCCAAGCUGAUUGUCUUGGCCAUUGCUAACACCAUGGAUUUGCCAGAGAGAAUUAUGAUGAACAGAGUAACUAGCAGACUGGGUCUCACCAGAAUGUCUUUCCAGCCAUAUACUUACAAAGAGUUACAGCAGAUUAUCUCAGCCAGAGUGGGUGAGUUGACAGCAUUUGAAGAAGAUGCCAUUCAGCUUGUUUCUCGAAAGGUAGCAGCUUUAUCUGGAGAUGCAAGACGUUGCCUUGACAUCUGCAGAAGAGCCACGGAGAUCUGUGAACUUGCUAGUCAGAAGAGCAGCCCUGGAUUGGUCAGCACGUUACAUGUUAUAGAAGCCAUGGAUGAAAUGUUCUCAUCUCCUUACAUAAAUACAAUUAGGAAUGCUUCACUACAGGAACAAAUUUUCUUGAAAGCCACUAUUGCAGAAUUUCGCAGGUUAGGACUGGAAGAGGCAACAGUUCAGCAGAUAUUUCAUCAGCAUGUUGCACUAUGUAGAAUUGAAGGCCUGCAAACUCCUACCAUAUCAGACAUAAUGGCAAUUUCGUCACGGCUUGGUACGUGCAGACUUUUGUUACUAGAGUCUAGCAGUAAAUAUCUACAUAUGCGAAUUCGACUUAAUGUUAGCCAAGAUGAUGUCAUGUAUGCACUCAAAGAAGAAUAAAGCAACAGAAUUUCUGCCAUAUGUAUAUGGGGCUUUAUGCAAAAUUUUAAAGAGACUUUAAAAUAAUG